AUGCAGCAACGUUGUGUUUCAUCAGCCAAGAACCUGAGCCGCAAGAUCCUUCGAUCCCGAGCAGUGGCGCCGCUGCCGCCGCCCCUCUGCGAUAUCUUCAUCAACCAUCGGGGGAUCGAUACGAAGAGAACCAUUGCCGGGUUGCUGCACGACCAUUUAUUCAGGCUGGGGAAAAGGCCUUUCCUCGAUAGCAUGAACAUGAAGCCUGGGGACAAGUUGUUCGGAAAGAUCGAUCUGGCGAUACGGAGCUGUAAACUCGGCGUGGCGAUCUUUUCGCCGAAUUACUGCGACUCGUACUUUUGCCUGCACGAGCUCGCGUUGUUGAUGGAGAGCAAGAAGAGGGUUAUACCGAUAUUUUGCGACGUGAAGCCGUCUCAGCUUCAGGUUGUCGAUUACGGGACUCGCUCGGCUGAGCAACUCAAGAGGUUUAGUUGGGCUCUCGAGGAGGCUAAAUACACCGUCGGACUUGCAUUUGAUACUUUAGAAGGGGAUUGGUCGGGUUUCUUGAACACUGCAACCGAUGCUGUUAUUAAGAACUUGGUGGAUCUGGAGGCUGUAAAUUCAAGCAAAAACACUACAUUCAUCGUGCAAGCUCGUCAACAAGAACCCUGA